AUGGGAUGUGGUCAAACUAAAGCAACUAAAGUAACUGCUAAUGCUUAAAAACCCAAAGAAGAUUUUAGCAAUAUUAAUCCAAACAACCCUAAUUAAUCUUAAGAAAAAGAGCUGCCAUUUUAAAAACAGCCUGCAAAUGGUCAGCCUUUUAAAGGCUAAAAUAGAAACCCAAAUAGCUCUUUAAAGGGGUCUGAGAUUUAGCAACCCAAUAAUCGUUCUAAUUUAUCAAAGCAAGCAGAUGAGGAGGAGGGAGAGGAGGAUGGUGAGGAAGAAUUCGAGGAGGAGUUUGAUGAGGAUAAUCCGAGUGCUGGAAAUACGCUAAGAAAAUCGUAAAAAUCACACAAGUCAUUAGGUCUUACGAGAAAUACGUUUCAUGAUGCUGAGAGAUCACUUCCAUAACUUCAAUAAGACACAAAUCAUAGCAAUAAGUCAUUAAAAAAUAGACCACUUCCGAACAAAUAAUAAACUUAGAAUUCUCAGAUCAAAACUUAACCGAGUAUUCCAAGUAUCAAGAAUGACAUUCCUUUGAUUGAUCCUGCCGAAAGAGAAUUGAUAGAAAAAUAAAUGCAAAUGAAAUAGAACUUACAAAAUAUGAAAGCUGAACUAAUGGAUUCUCCUCCAUAGAAGAAAGAUUCUAAGAAAGAUAUGAUAAACAUGUUUUAAGAAUCUUUUGAAAAAAAACCUUAGCAAAUUGUUCAACCUAAAAAUGAUCAGCCAAUUGUCUCAAGAGACUUGAAUACAGCAAUUGAUGCUUAUCAAAAAUAGAUGAGAGAAUUCAAGAACUCCUUGACAGAAAUGGACAAUAAAUUCGCAAAUCCCAUUAUCUCUCCAAUCGAAUAAAACUAUCGCAAAAUUGAUGAAGGAAACUCUAUUACGAGUCAAAACCAAAUAAAUACUUUUCACUAAACAGGUGAGAGCUAAGUAUAUAAUAGUGUUUCUAAUAAAUCAAACAAUAAUGUGUUUGCUCCAAUUAAUGAAGUAAAACCUUUGAUUCAAAAAACUCCUGCAACAAAUAUUGAAAAUCGAGCAAUAAAUCUGAAUGAUAGGAAAAAGACGAAUGAUUCUCCUCUAGGAUAAAAUAAGAUGAAUGUAGGUCCAUCUAAAAAAGUUGAAGAGGAUUAAGAUUUUGAGAAAACCAACAAAGAAUACUAUAAUUUUGACAAUGGAUAUUAAAAAUCUGAAGGUCCAAUUAUUAGAAACAAUUAUUAAGCUGAGCAAAGUAGCCUGAAUAAUAUUGCAUUUGUUAAUAAGGAUCCAAAAUAUCAGACUGAAACCCCUGUUGGAAGACCUCCAUAAUAAUAGUUUUAGCCUAUGUAAUAAUAAUAGCCAAUAUAACAAUAUACUCCUCAACCCUAAAUCAUUUCCUCUUAUGAUAAUGAUUCAUCAAACUAGUAUUAGAAUGUCCAGAAAGAUAGAUUGAAUGUCUAAGACUUACAGAGAAUAAAGGAUAACUUCUUGGAGUAAGAAGAAAGAGAGCGACUCAAUCCUCAAAAUGUGCUUAUAAGAAUUUUGAUGAUUCAUGCUUUCAAUGAUGGAAAUGAUUAUAAAAAUGACGAGAUGAUCUUGGAAAGAAAACUCUACUCAUUCUUUAUCAAUAAAAAUAGUAAUGUGAUAGAUGUGAAAAACAAGAUAAGAAAGGAAUUUGGCUUUGAUGUUGACUAAAUUAAUAUGUACUUCAAGUAUAGGGAGUUGUCUAAUAUUCAAUAUGUGAUGGAUGUAGAGAACUUUGACAUAGAAGAGGAUAUUAUCAUUUGUAUAACACUUAAUUCUCCAAAAUCUCAUCUCAAAGUUAUCCUCAGAGAGCCACUUGACGAUAUAAAGAUUGCUGAUGUAAGAUUCCUGAAUUCAAAAGAUAGAUCAGAACCAGCAUUAAGAGGUCCAAACUCAGAUUUCCCAUCUAUUGUUGAUAUGAAUAAAUUUGAUGUAGAUGUUGAUAAGCUUUCUUGGCCAUUCUAUAGAGAUUGGACUGCUGAGGCAGCUUACCUAUCAGAUCUUAUAAUUAAAAACAAAAAUUUCCUACUAUCUGAUGAGCAGCAAUUCUAAAUGCAGCAAGGCUUCACUAGUACUUUGCAUAAUAACCCGUAACUCAAUGAGUUGAUAGAAGCUGAAACUUAGUAUAGAAGAUUGUCUGAGGAGUUUAGAAAAGCUUCCCUCUAUGCAGUUCAUUUGGUUGUCAAGAAAAAUCCAACUCCUUUGAAUCUAUUCAAUCUAUAUGGAGAUGAUGGGGAUAAAUUCAUAGUAGGUGGAAUGAUUAUUAGAAGAGCAAAAGAUUGGUUGAUUUGUGGGCAUUAACUAAGUGAAACGCAUCAUAUGACUGCUACUGUACCUGGAGGACCAGGAGUUGAAUCAGGUUCUGCUUUAAUCUAAAUUUCAGGUAAAAUAGCUUCAUUAGAUGUUAGAAAUCUGGCAUUACUAAGGAAUAGGUUAGAAUAACUAGUAGUGCCACUUGCUUGUGUAGUAGACUAUUAUGGAUUGAAAUUUGAAGUUUAGAGCCUUUCACCAAUCUCAAUAAACUCAUUAGCCUAUGGUUCCGAUUUGGAUGGAUUACUGUUUACAGAUGAAGAUACUGAUGCAGAACAAAUGGCUGCUAAAAUAUCAUAGGUAUUAAAUCUGAAGACUCAUUUUAUUGAGGAAAAGACUACCAAGAAGAUCAAGAGAACCUUCCUACCCUAUACAGUUUAGCUUCACAGAAAUAGAGAGAUGGGUGAUUCUGAUAAGAAAUUAUAUCUAAUAAACCCGUUUAGAUUAUUUCCUUAGGAUGAAUCCUUAAGAUAGCAAAACUAAUAAUCAUCAUUCCUAGAUUUGCUUUCAAAAUAACUGAGAUCUGAGCUUGUAAUAAGUAACAAUAAAAACGAACCAGCUCCAAAUUUUACUUACUUUACUUGGAAGAGACCAAUUAAAUGCGAUGAGUGUGGAGAGUAUAUUUUAGAUUAUCAAUACUAUUAUUUUGAAAAGAAAAGUGUUGAUAAGUAAUAGAGAUUGCUAGUCCAAUAUUAUUGUUGUAUAAAGUGUUACAAUGAGUUGCUACCAACAGAGAGAUUUAAGUAUCCAGUCAAUAAAAUAGUAUUUAAAGAGCUAGCAUCAAAAGAUAGACUAAAAUUUUGGGAGGAUUAAAACACUGGAAGAAGAUAUUAUGAGUUGCAGUACAGGAAAAUACCUUUAAACAGUGAUGCCUUCAUGGAUAUUUCUAACACCAAAGAUAAAAAUGAAAAAAUUAGUGAUCAAGAAGAGAUACUGAGAGCAGGGCAGAAACUAAAAGAUGAAAUACUUCAAAGACUAAUUGAAGAACUGAAUAAUGUUGAUGAAGAUCCAUAGACAGCUGAGUAGCUUGAGUUUCUCCUGCAUUCAAGAGGUGUUACAAUGAGGCAUCUUGGAAAGUUAUGCACACUUGCUCAAUUAAAUCACAUUAGAGAGUUAGCAGUGAUUGAAGUUAUAGCUAGAAGUGCAAAGAUUCUAAUUAAAGAUGGACUCACAUUUUUAGCUGAUGAUGAAGAGGCAGGAUUCAGAUCAGAAAACAUCAAGAAAUGUGUGUUGCAUUACCUCCAUGAGAUAUUCAACAUGGAAGAGUAUCAGACAACUUCAACACAAAAUAUAUGGGAUUUUAUUACAGAGCAUGUGACCGUUGAAAGAGAUGUGUUGCAUAAAAUCCAUCUGAACGCUCUUCUAAUUUCAAUCUGUGAUAAACUGAACAUCAAGUUGACUAAAUCAGUGAAAGACAUCAACUUUUAUCAGAGUGCUAGUGAAAGUGGAGAAGCUUUUGUUACCAUAAAUGAUAUUGAAAACAUAAUACCUUCUGUUAAGGAUUAUUAAGAUCAAAUGAUGACUAACCUAGCAUUAAUGGCACCUUAGGAUAAAUUUCCAUCUAGCCUUCACAUGAUUCUAGAUUGUGCAAGAUUAAAGGACAACGAAGGCAAAAGGUCUCAAUGGUAUAUGAUUGGAGGUGAUGAGAGAGUAGAAUCAACUGAGUUAUUCAGGAUGGCGAUCAACAUUUGUGAAAGUAUUUAUGGGGGUUAGCAAAGCAUUCACUAUGCAAGAGUGCUAAAAGAGAUGGCUGAGCAACUUGAGAGCAGGCAUCAAGAAAGAGGUAGACCAGAAAAUUCUAGAUGGAAUAAAUCAUUUGCUGUGAGUGAAGAUGAGUUAAGUAUGGAGAGUAGAUACUAUUUCUAGAAUUCGCUUUAAGUCUUAAUUGACAUUAAAAAGGAUCUUAGUAUUGAAGCAGCUUAAAUCUACGUAGCUCUAGCUCGAUUAUUCAAACCCAGAGCAACUUAGUUCUCUCAUUAUAGGGAACAAGAGAACAAUAUAGGUGAUAUGUAUCAGAACUUAGCAAAUGCUAUUGACAUUUAUGAAACAUUGCUUGGCUUUGACCACCCUGAGACAGCUGACACAUAUACUAAGAUGGCUUUUGCUUAUUAGGAGAAUGGAAGUUUUAUUGCGGCAUCACCCUGGAUUAGAAGAGCAUUUUGCGUGUUUUACAAAUGCUUUGGUCCUCAUGAUGAUAUCACCCUUAAUGCUUGGGAAACUCUAAAGGCUAUUGAAACUAAUAUUGAUUCUAAACUUGAUUAAGUUGCUUAUGAGGAACUACCUAAUGUGAUAUUUGAAUUAGAAAAGUAACAAAAAAUUAUUAAUGAAUAGCAGCAGUAACUGGCUUUGUAAUAACAAAACAUGGUUAUGCCACCUCAUUAAAGAAGUGGCUAAUAUCCCUAGAUCCCCGCAUUUUAAAAUUAGCAAAGAUUAAUGUUACGGUGA